CGGCUGACUGAGGCCGUGCGCUACGUACAGAACGCAGCAUUCGUUUCCGUCGAUCGGUGCUUAUCGGUUCAGUUGUCAUCUUGAUCCUGUGUGAAAACGUUUCAGCGAACGGCAUCGUAAGCCCUUUUGAAGAUGGAUCCUGCGGUGUGGCUAGCUGUUAUCAUCGCUCAGCUAUCAGGGUAUUUUACCGGAGCAUACGGUGGGGGCAACUACACCUAUGAAAUCAAAACAAUCGACGUUCCGGUCGACCAUUUUUCCUUCACCAGCGAUGCAACGUUCAAGCUGCGCUAUCUCAUCAACGACACGUUCGCCCAAGGCACUGGCCCCGACAGUCCGAUCCUGUUCUACGCCGGCAAUGAGGGAGACAUCGAACUGUUUGCCCAGAACACCGGUUUCAUGUGGGAGCUGGCACCCAAGUUCCGGGCGACGCUGCUGUUCGCCGAACAUCGGUACUAUGGUCACUCCCUUCCCUUCGGCAACCAGUCGUAUGAGUCACCGAAGAACCUUGGCUACCUCACUUCCGAGCAGGCGCUGGCCGAUUACGCGCUGCUCCUACGCACGCUAAACGCCGGCAAUGGCACGAACCGGGCACGGCCGGUAAUCGCGUUCGGCGGCUCGUACGGUGGUAUGCUGGCUGCGUGGUUCCGCAUCAAGUAUCCGCAUCUGGUCGCCGGUGCGAUUGCCGCGUCGGCCCCGGUGCGCCAGUUUCAGGAUGUCACGCCGUGCGGUAUUUUCAACCAGAUCUUGACCUCGGUGUAUCAUACGGCCUACACGCCCGAGUGCACCACCAACAUACGCCACUCGUGGACGGUGCUGCAGAAUUACUCGACCAGCGCGGACGGAUUGCGCGUGCUGAACGAAAAGUUUCACUUCUGCACCAACCUCACGAAAGCGACGGACGUGACGGAAACCUUCUUCGACUACCUCACCGACGUGUACGGUAACCUGGCAAUGAUCAACUACCCGUACGAGUCAAACUUUCUCGCACCCGUGCCGGCCUAUCCGGUGCGGGAGUUCUGUGGUCGGCUGGCUCAAAACUACACCGGUGUCGAGUUGCUCGAUCAUCUCGAAUCUGCACUAACCAUCUACUCGAACUUUGAUGGCAAGGCCAAAUGCCUGAACAUCAACUCGUCCUACGACGGCAGUGGCAUUGGCGAUCUCGGCUGGGACUUCCAGGCAUGCACGGAAAUGAUAAUGCCCAUGUGCACGGACGGUGUUCACGAUAUGUUUCCUGCAAAAGCCUGGAACCUGCAAGAAUAUUCAGACAAGUGCUUCAAGAAGUAUGGCGUCCAUCCACGGCCACACAGCGCACUUGUGAACUACGGUGGUGAAUUUCUCGAAAGCAGCAUCACGAACAUCGUCUUCAGUAAUGGACUGCUGGAUCCAUGGUCCGGUGGUGGUGUGUUGCGAUCGACCAACGCAAAGAUAAAAAUCGUUCUCAUUCCCGAAGGGGCUCAUCACAUCGAUCUGCGUGCCUCCAAUCCGAACGACCCGGAAACGGUUGUUCGCGCUCGUGCCACGCACACCCAAAGCAUACGUGAAUGGAUCGAUGAGUACCGGAAGCAGAAGAAGGUUUACUAA